CAGCCUACGUCCGUGAUCUGAAUACACUAUUGGUUAUUUGUUUUGGACAAACGCCGUUGAUGGUUGAUGUCACCGCGUGAUACGUAAUUUAAGGUUAAGAAACUUGAUUUUGUCAAUCAAGGAAUUAUUUAUAUGUUUUGAUAUGGCUGGGAAGCAAGGAAAAGAAUUAGCGUUGUCGAUGUUGAGAGUGUUACCUAGAGUGACAUUAUCAAAUAUUCGAGAUAAUCCUGGUUCAAGAAAAACGACAGGCCAACGUGGCAGAGGUCAACAUGGUGGUAAUAAACAUGGUGCUGGAAAUAAAGGUUCUGGACAAAGACAAAAUUUUAUGCGCGUGGGAUAUGAGACUGGCAAUACCCCUUUUUACCUGAGAUUUGGCGCAGAACCUUACUAUAAGGGUCACCAUUUGAGACGAGAAUAUCCACCGCUUAGUUUACAACAACUGCAGAUGUUUAUUGACUUGAAUCGGGUGGAUAUUACUAAGCCCAUCGAUCUUGUAUCACUGUUAAAUACUAAAAUAUAUUCUAUUAAUGUAAAUUGGAAACACGCGGGCGUUCAUUUGACAGACGAGGGUGCAAAUUGUUUUAAAGCUAAAGUAAAUAUAGAGGUACAAUGGGCCAGUGAACCUGUAAUUGCAGCUAUUGAGAAAAAUGGCGGUGUAAUUACAACUGCUUACUAUGACAUGCAAUCCCUUCAUGCUAUGUGUGACGCGGAAAGAUUUUUCCGCAAAGGUGAACCGAUACCGCGUCGAUUUUUACCACCGAACGAUUGCCUGCAAUAUUAUUCCAGCGCUGCUACGAGAGGAUAUUUAGCCGAUCCUGAGAAAAUCUCUCAGGAACGAUUGGUGCUGGCGCAAAAGUACGGCUACGAAUUACCGAAAAUUGAGGACGAUCCCGAUUACGAGAUGUUAUGCGAGCGUAAGGAUCCGCGACAAUUGUUUUAUGGUCUAGAACCAGGUUGGGUGGUCAGUCUUAUUGAUAAAGCGAUAUUGAAACCCAAAGCCAAGUAUUUGAAGAAGUAUUAUGCAAGUUGAAGUAUGAGAAUAUAGAACACAAUGUAAAUGGACUAGAUUUAAUAAAAUAUUCUUAUGAUACAACACACACAC